AUGUUUUUUACUGAACAUAUUGAUAUAUAAGGGCUCUAGGGGGGUUCAUGAUGCUGCGUUUCAUGAAAAGCAAAAUAAGAUUUAUGGGUUGCCAUUGCCUCUACCCCCACCAGACUGGGGCACUUCCCGUCUGGGACCGAGGCCCUGCUGGCACUGCCAGGGCUGUGUUUCAGUUGUCACUCUCUGAACACAGGAGGAAGAGGUCAGCGUUCUGAGGGCAAAGGUGGGGGACAGUCCACCAACCCCGAAGACACACGGCAGCGCCAAAGGAGAGCAGUGUGGCCAAGUGCGGGCCUUGGUGCAGAAGACAGAGCGUCAUGGUGGCCUUCCGCGGGGUCUGGACCCAGGCGUUCUGGAAGGCGGUCACGGCCGAGUUCCUGGCGAUGCUCAUCUUCGUGCUGCUCAGCCUGGGCUCCACCAUCAACUGGGGCGGCGCCGAGAAGCCCCUGCCCGUGGACAUGGUCCUCAUCUCCCUCUGCUUCGGCCUCAGCAUCGCCACCAUGGUGCAGUGCUUCGGCCACAUCAGCGGCGGCCACAUCAACCCCGCCGUGACCGUGGCCAUGGUGUGCACCAGGAAGAUGAGCCUCGCCAAGUCUGUCUUCUACAUCGCGGCCCAGUGCCUGGGCGCCAUCCUCGGGGCCGGCAUCCUCUACCUCGUCACCCCGCCCGGCGUGGUGGGCGGCCUGGGGGUCACCACGGUUCACGGGAAUCUCACUGCGGGCCACGGUCUCCUGGUGGAGCUGAUCAUCACCUUUCAGUUGGUGUUUACUAUUUUUGCCAGCUGUGACUCCAAACGGACUGACGUCACUGGUUCCAUCGCUUUAGCAAUUGGAUUUUCUGUUGCCAUUGGACAUUUAUUUGCAAUCAAUUACACCGGUGCCAGCAUGAACCCCGCCCGAUCCUUUGGACCUGCGGUGAUCAUGGGAAUCUGGGAAAACCACUGGAUUUAUUGGGUUGGACCCAUAAUAGGAGCCGUCCUUGCCGGUGGCCUGUACGAGUAUGUCUUCUGUCCAGAUGUUGAACUCAAACGUCGGUUCAAAGAAGCCUUCAGCAAAGCCGCCCAGCAAACCAAAGGGAGCUACAUGGAGGUGGAGGACAACCGGAGCCAGGUAGAGACCGAGGACUUGAUCCUCAAGCCCGGAGUGGUGCACGUGAUUGACAUGGACCGGGGCGAGGACAAGAAGGGGAAGGACCCGUCGGGAGAAGUGCUGUCCUCCGUAUGACUAGAAGAUGGCACUGAAAGCAGACGCGAGCCCUUAGAGCUGCCCUCAGAGGUCCUCCCGCCCAUUAAGGAAACAGACUUGUUAUAAAGUAGACAUGUCUCAUGUCACGCUACUCAGCCUAGCUAACAAGUAUUUCAUUAUUUACUAAGGAGGAAUGGAAGAAACCUAUUGUGAAUUCCAAAUCUAAAAAAAAAGAAAUCUUUUACCAGUAUCCCCAAAGCAAAUAUGCGUCUAGUGUAUCUACUUGCCACUCAUUAGUAAUCAAUUUAAAGUGCGUAUCAGGAUCUGGUUAAGUCUUGCUGGACAGAAAAUAUAGGCAAACCUAUCUGCUUAUUCCUCCUCGACCAGGAAACUGGUAUCGUCAAUUCUCAUUUGAGUAUUUGUUCCAUUAAAUCAAGUUUGUCAGUGGCAAAGUACAGUGCGUCACAGUCAUGCGCACUCAGAGAGGAAAUACAGCAGGCUCUUAUUAUGAGCAGUCCCUUCCUUACAAACUACCUCGGCAAAAGGAUACAUUAACAAGGGCCAUUGCUAAUGGACUAUUUCCAUUUAUAUUUCAAAUACCAAACUUUAACCCCAAACUCCAAUUCAUAAUAGUCCUUCCUCCUCCUCAUGCCUAUGAGAAUGUGAACUAAAACCCAAAAUGGGAAGAACGUUCAGAAACCCUAUAUAUGUGUUAGCUCUAAAACAUCCAAAUCGUAAGAGACAUCUAUUGAGAUUCAGAACAAACCGAUUUGUGAGACCUUAUGAGGGUGGGAGGAAAGAACCAUCACACAGAAACCAUAGGAAAGAGGAAACCUGAAUUCUGGUAUCAGGUAGUCGUUCUGUUUUCAGUGCACAUCCUCAGAUCCAACGUGUGGGGGUGACAGGCUACGCUUUUAACCUAACAACUUUGCUUACUUUUUUUUUUAAUUUAUUGGCAAAACUAGGGGUUUUGUUUGUAACUUUGGUUAUCUAUAGAUAAACAUUAGCCAAGACCUAUUUUUGAUAACAAGAACGUAAUAGGCGAGUUUGGGCUUUUUGUUGACUAGUAAGCUCUGUCCGUUCAAGAAGGUGUGACCUGGCCCCGCCUAGUCCCGGCCUCUGCUGCUGUCUCACUUCUCGGGGGAUGCGCUGAUCAUGGUCGCUGUGGGUGCAACGAUAUCUUAAUGAGUGAACACGCGUGAGAGACAAGGACCAGCGUGGCUGUCAAAUAAAAGGGUGAGGACAGCAGAGCGUCCUGUGUUCAAGGCCGAGUAGAUGACAAUCCUUCGCUAGUAGGGAUACUGCACAUAACCCAACGCGCUUUUUCAGUGUUUUCCUUACUGACUUGUUUAUUUGUCAAAGUAGUUUGUUUUUUCCUGUGCUGCUUGGCCUCACUGUCAGUAGAAUGGUCUCUGCCAGCCCCAGUUUCUAUCAUCUUAGCCGGGCAGGCCAGCCUUUAUCUUAGACAGAACGCUGCAAACGGCACUUCCACUGAACAAAAGCCCGUCGUGCAGCAAAAUGCGAUCACUGCGAAGAAUGGCUUGUAAAUAGCUGAUCAUCAAGGGCUUUCUUCUCGCGCACGCAGUUCCAACUGUGCGCCGCAUCUCAGCGCUAAUGCAGCUGUGUCUGUAGCCGUGAGAUAAUGGACCACUAUUAAACCUGAUUCUCUUCGGUGCUAGGAACGCGACACGUGCUAGGACUGCGAGGUUCCCAGGCAGUCAUCACCCCAGUGCUGUGCCCGGGAGGGCCACUGGCAUUUUUUAAAAUAUAUUUUUAUUGAUCUCAGAGAGGCAGGGAGAGGGAGAGAUAGAAACAUCAAUGAUGAAAGAGAAUCAUUGAUCGGCUGCCUCCUGCACGCCCCCCUUCUGGGGAUGGAGCCCACAACAUGGCAUGUGCCCUGACCGGAAACGAACCCUGACCUCCUGGUUCAUAGGUCGACGCUCAACCACGGAGCCACGCCGGCCCGGCCACUGGCAUUUUUUGCAGCAGGUGCCAAAUCCCAGGCCCCUUUCUCAGGGUGUGGCCAACCACACCCUCUGCAGGUGAUGCAGGUUGCUUCCUGUUUGGGGAGCAUCUAUAGGAACUAGAUGCGAUGCUAAGGAUGCUUCACGCCAGCCUUCUUAAAUGUGUGUGCGAUACCACUGACGACUUAGAAUCGCUGGUGGUUCCGCUCAAAAGGUCAUUUGCAAACAUCUCAGUUCAAAAAUGGGCUAAGAAGGACAGCGAAGCAGAUCUCCCCAGCCUCUUACAGCUCAUUGGCUCACCAUCACUUUACUCAGCCAUGUUUUACCUCUUUUCCACGCACUUCCGUUAGGCAUCCAGUACGUUAGUGCUGAGGAAAAGCAUAAAUGCUGUCUUUGUACUUCGUUUUCCAGCAGCUAACAGAGUGGCUGGCACAUAGUAGGUAUUCAAAGCACGUGUUAGUUAGUAAAAAUAUAUACAUUUCCCAGGGGAUGUGAGAACAUGAAUAAUUUCCUCUUAAUCUUUAUGUUGUUCCAUAUUGAAUAAAAGCAUGAUUUCACGGACUACUAGGGGAAGGUCAUAGAAGUGCAAAAACCAUCAAGUAUGUUUGCGCAGUCCACCUUUUUGGAGACCUGAAAGCUGUAGCCCUUUCUCCCUGCGUAUGAGCCAGCACGGUUUGCGUUUCACUCAAGGCUCUGCCCGUGAAAAGGAAGGAGGUUGUACCUUCCUAAUGACACCGCUGCAGCAGGGGUCCAGGCCUCGUGGAUGGCUCCAAAGUACCCACGUACCAGGCUAUUUUCCUUUAAUCCCUUCUUGUGCUGCUCCCAGGAGAGCGCCCCUGACAGAUACACAGAAAGGAGAUGAGAGCGAAAACGCUGGAAGGACAUAAAUGAAUUACACCCCGGCAGGAAACGAUGCGGCCGCCGCUUCCCUUCGGAGAAGUACGGCAAGCGCCCCAAAGGGCAAGGUGGUCCCAACUCUGAACGUGUGCACAGUGUAUCAGAGAGCGCCCACGGGAAGAGUCCGCUGUUUAAGCUUUCAGCGGUUUCUUAAGAAGCUGAGGCUCAGAAUUCGGAUGAAGGUUUUCAUUGCUGAAGGACAGCAUUUCCUUCCAGGAGUCCUAACUGUCCGCCCUGGAAGGAAGUAUUCUCUGGCACCGAAGGCGUUGCCCAACUUUAAGAUUCCCACGCUUUUUGUUCCUGCCGUUUGAGGUUUUGCAUUCAUUCUUACACUUUCUAAGAUCUGACCAUUUUCCUAAUGCAGUCGGUGGAUGCUGGCUAGAGCUGCCGCUCAGUCUUGAAGAUUUUGCAGGAAGGACAGAAACAUGUGAAUAAAAUAGAUGAUGGUGUUAAGCUGCCUGAUUAAUUACUAGAUUAAUUACUAAAUAGCAAAAAAAAAUUAUUCUUCUUGGGCCCUGAAACCAGGCAACUCACUUACGGGUUUAAACUCCAACAUGACCAGGAAAAUUCCAAAAUAGAGGAGCAGAUGCAAACGCUAAAACUGAUUCUGGCGAGGCCCUUGGCUGCAACCUGUCCCAUUAUCCCCACUUGCUGUCAACACUGGACAAAGAAAUCACCUUUGUGACCACUGAAGAGGGCAUUGGGGGCUCGAGAGGGCCCAUGUCGAACGGCAUAAAGCCAGUAUAAUUCUCAUCAGGAGCUCUAUAGAACAUGCACCUGCAGAAUAUCUUAUACCUGAUAGUAAUAGUUAUUCUGUCUCCCAUGAUAUGUUUGUAGCAUCAAAAGUAUUAGGAAGAUGUGGUAACUCUCUGGAAAGUAUAACAAGACACAUUCUUCGCAGCACAUUUUCUCUCUUUGCGUUGGGAUUGUGGUACUUCACAGGUCACCUCAAACAGCAGUAACUUUUGAAGCCCAUAAUUUUCCUAAAAUACCUGGAAGACAUUGAAUUCAGGCCCAAAACAUGUGGCUGCACACAUUCACAAAAUAACUAUUGCUUAUAAAAUACAUUAUCAAAUAAAUGCUAUAGAACAUGUGGAAUAAUUACUUCAGUAAAUUUAAGAGCCAUUAUAGUGAUCCCAGGCGUGUUACAAUUCAAGAGCUAAAAAAGUGUACUUAAUUUAUAGAACCCAUUGGGAGAUAUUUCUAGAUUCUCUUCAGGAUUAAUUAAAUACACAGGCAAUUUAUGAAAAUAUAUAAACAAUAGUUGAUCAUGUUUACGACCCAAAUCACAAUGAAAUUGUAAUUCAUGAUAAACUGGUGAGAAUAAACUGAACAUAUGGUUAUAGGCACAAUCAUUUAUUAACGGAAAUGUUAUUCCAACGUUCGAGCUAAUGUUAAGGAGAUUUAAACUGUAAUGUCUAAUAUUCGGGGUACUCUAUUAAAGUAUUAGCAUUGUGGUUGAUUUCCGUGAACUAUGUUGUAUCUCAUAAUACUAAGCUUGUGAAAAUAAACAUUUUAAUGUUUUAAA